AUGGGCAACAAACAGACCAUCUUCACCCACGAGCAGCUGGAAGCCUACCAGGACUGCACCUUCUUCACCAGGAAGGAGAUCAUGAGGCUCUUCUAUCGCUACCAGGACCUGGCCCCCCAGCUCGUGCCCCUGGACUAUACCAGCUGCCCAGAUGUGAAGGUGCCCUACGAGCUCAUUGGCAGCAUGCCAGAGCUGAAGGACAACCCUUUCCGCCAGAGGAUCGCCCAGGUCUUCUCCGAGGCCGGGGACGGCCACAUGACCUUGCACGACUUCCUGGACAUGUUCUCCGUGAUGAGCGAGAUGGCUCCGCGCGACCUCAAGGCCUACUACGCUUUUAAAAUCUACGGUCCAGGUCCCGUCGAAGGGACUGAGACUCGGAGGACUCAUCAGCACAGCCGUGCGGACGCCUCUGAGGGGGAGGGAUUAGGAGUGGCAUUCGCUGAGGUGGGCAAGGUACGCCACAGUUUGCAUGUGGAGGAAGACCAAGGCACGCAGUGA